UCCGACGCCAUAGUUCAAAGGAACCACCGACUUGCUUGUGACACGCACUCGCAAGCUCAAAGUCCCAGUGGCACUUCGCACACAGGCGCAAUAAUUCAAAGAUAAUUGCCGCUAUUCCAGUUCAAAGGACGUCAUCUUCGUGUUUUAGUGUCAAGACGCCAGUUUUGGUAAUGGCGACAUGGCAAAUGAUGGACUUUCUAAACAUAUCUCAAGGACUACGCUUCAAUCAGUUAAGUCGUUAGACAAGGUACAAGCAAAGAUCUCAAGCAAACGGACGGUCUGGUUGCACCUGAAGGACCAAAUUAGAAGGACGGGGGUUUCUUGUGUUGGCAAUCGCUUUGUAUGGUAAACACAGGUGUUGACAAAGAGAUCUCGCUAAGUGGCAAGAAGCAACACUAUGUCUUUUAUGAUUUCCGAUCGAAGGAUCGAUAUGACCAAUUAAGAGUUCCGCCACAGUUUGAUUGGACGCACGAAUCAGUGUUGGCGAAGUCGUUCUGAUAUGAUCUAAGAUUUUUGGAAAGACAGCUCUCUUAUCAGUCCGGAUUAGUAUAAACAGAGAUCAACGAAGCUGCACUCACUUUGCAGUGGUAAAUUGCAGAAGACAGAAGGCUGAAAAAGAGCGCAAAUCAGAUUGAAAAUUUCAUAUAAGAAGAGAGACCUUGCUGUUAGGUACCGAAACUCUCAGGAUGACAGUUGGAAGCACCAAGUUACACAUGUUUUGGAUAUUUUGCCUUGCGCUGGUAUCAACGACAGCUGGCUACUUAGGCAGUCGCUUUGACCCACGCUACUCACCAUGCAGCGAAAGCUUGCCAGAGUCACAACGCUUGAGGAGAAACUGCUCGCCUCUCAAACCGAUGUUGCUGCACUACCUCAAGAAAUCAGUAUGCAACGAUGGCUCAGUGGCAGGAUAUUACCUCAGAAGAAGAAGUGGAAGCACAAACUGGCUUAUAUAUUUAGAAGGAGGAGGCUACUGCGUCAAUAAGGAGACAUGCGCCGAACGGCUGAUUAUGUCGAAAUCCAAGAAGUUCUCUCUUGUUUCAAUUCGCGGCUCUUCCAAAAAGAAAUUUGUGACGGGUAUCCUAUCCACACAGCUGAAGACGAAUCCAUUAUGGUGGAACUCCAAUCACGUGUACAUUCCAUAUUGCUCAAGUGAUAUUUGGACCGGCAACAAAACCGCGGAUAAGAAAGGUGGAUUCUCAUUCCUUGGCGCUCGAAUAAUUGACGAGGUCGUCAGUGACUUGUAUGUAAAUAGAGGGUUAGACAAAGGCACAAACCUGACUUUGGCUGGUAGCAGCGCUGGUGGCACUGGGGUUAUGCUCAAUAUCGACAGAGUUGCCGACAACCUGAAGGAAAAGGGCUCAAAGAUUAAAGUCCAGGGCAUUGUUGAUUCAGGCUGGUUCUUGGACAAUGAUCUCAUCAAAUCUUUGAACUGUGGCUUGCCAAAUGGACAUUGCAAGCCCAGUGACGUCAUCAAGGCAGCAAUGAAGUUUUGGCAUGCUGAUUUGCCAGCGCGGUGCAUCUCUGGCAAAAGUGUAGACAAGCAUCAUCUGUGUUUGUUUGGAGACAAGUUGUAUCCUACACUGAAAAGCCCAAUUUUCGUCAUUCAGUGGAUUUACGACUUAGCCCAAAUAAAGGAGGACAAUCCAGAACUGGAGAGUAGCCUCCGCAUGCUCAUGAGAAAACAGUACGGUCCAUAUAUGGCAUAUCUUGGAAAAAGAGUUCGAGAGUCCUUGAACAUUGUCAAGCACUUCUUCGCCCCAUCCUGCCUCGGGCACACGAUUUUGACCAGAGAACAAUGGCUGGGAACGCGGGUAGGACCUCGGACGCUUUUUGGAGCACUAGAGUGCUGGCUGUUGAAGAAACGCUCAUCUUGCCAGUUUACCGACAAAUGUCAAAUGCCACAUUGCAGUGACUCCUGCCCAUACAAAAUAGAAACACACAAUGGGGAUAUCCCGAUUCGAAGAAUCACUGGUGAUUUUAGUUUGUAAAUUUUGGAUGGCCUCCCCUUCCUGAGCAGACAGAAAGGGCAGAAGCAAAUGCAACUUACUGUACGUUCGCAAGAAAGGAAGGAAUUUCCCGUGCAUUUACUUCAUAUAAUCGUCUCGAACAUACAAUCGCGGUGAACUGACUACAAAGUUUUGACAAGAAGGCAAAAUACUGAUGCUGAUAUGUAGAGGCUAUCAACACGCAGGAAACGAAUUUUCCUGGCUUUUAUGUCUUAUUUGUGUGGAAUAUGUAAAAACAGUUUUUGUCUUUUAUAUCAAUUUAUUGUAACAUGGUAAUAGUACAGUAUUUUAUAUCCUAUUUAUUAAAUCUUGGCAUAUCUACUGUGGUAAUUGGUCAUAGAAAA